AUGGCCUUCAAGCAACUGGUUCGUUUCGCCAUAGGAGACCGUGUCUCCUAUGGCGAUCUACUCAGCGUCGAUGGCGGCACCUACAAAGUCAGACGAUUGAUUGGCGACCCUUUCACUAAGCUACUGACAACUGAGGAGAUUGUACAAGUCGAUAAGCUACUCUGUCCCAUCGACUGUACUCCGCUCAUCAUCCUUGUGGGCUUGAAUUACCACAGCCACGCCAGCGAAGCCAAGCUGAAUAUUCCGAAAUACCCUCCCAUCUUUGUUAAGCCGGCCGAUGCGCUAGCUGGCCCCUUUGAUACCAUUGACAUUCAUCGCGACGCUCGUGACAUGCUCGACUACGAAGGCGAGCUUACCGUCAUUGUGGGCCGAGAUGCGAAGAAUAUUUCCGAAGAUGAGGCAUUGGACUAUGUCCUGGGCUAUACGGCCGGAAAUGACCUGUCUGCGCGGAAUUUCCAGCUUCCUGAGGCAUCUGGGAUGCAAUUUGGGUAUUCCAAAUCCUUUGAUCAAUUCGGACCUAUUGGACAUACUAUUGUUGCGGCCAGCGAAAUUCCAGAUCCCCAGGAUCUCCGUCUAGUCACCCGCGUCAACGGGCAGGUCAAGCAGCAGACUAGUACAAAGGACAUGAUCUGGAGUGUCCGGCAGAUUGUCAGCCACCUCUCACGGGGCAUGACUCUUCGCAAGGGAACCGUGAUCAUGUCUGGCACACCAGCUGGCGUGGGAUUUUUCAACAAAGAAUUUCUGAGGGCUGGGGACGUGGUGGAGGUGGAGAUCGAAGGCGUGGCGUCCAUCAAAAAUGAAAUCCGGUAUCCCUGA